CGCUCUAGCCCUGCGGAAGGCUGCCCAGUGCGCUGCCUCGUCCCGCUUCCGGCCGGUCUUCGUUCCGCUUCCGGUCCGACGCUGGCGUCAUUGCUAAGGGUCACAUUGAGCUUCGAGGGGCUUCAGGAGCAUCUUUAGGAGUCAGCACUAUGGCAGAGGACAUCAAGACCAAAAUCAAGAACUACCAGACUGCUCCUUUUGACAGCCGCUUCCCCAACCAGAACCAGACGAGGAACUGCUGGCAGAACUACCUGGACUUCCACCGCUGUGAGAAGGCAAUGACUGCUAAAGGGGGUGACGUCUCCGUGUGUGAAUGGUACCGGCGUGUGUACAAGUCCCUCUGCCCCAUAUCCUGGGUGUCAGCCUGGGACGACCGCCGGGCAGAAGGCACGUUUCCUGGGAAGAUCUGAACUGGCUCCGCCCCACCUUCUCUGUCCUCCGUCCUUCUCCCCAGGGUGGUGAAGGGGGACCUGGGUACAUAGUGAUCCCCACCCUGGGGUCCUGAAUCAUGGCUUAACUAAUAAUAAAUACUCGUUGGAAGAGUGUAA